AUGAAGAAGAAAGGUCCAAGUAUCACCCAUGAAGGGAGCAGUGCAGAACCCGGGGAAGGAAGAGUGCAGGAGAACCAGGCUGGGAGCAACAACAGCUCAGAUAUAGAGCGCCAGCACUUCAAAGAAUUCUGUUUCCAGGAAGCCAAGGGCCCCCGAGAGGUUUGCAGCCAAAUCCACCACCUUUGCUGCCAGUGGCUGAAGCCAGAAAGGAACAACAAAGCUGAGAUGCUGGACCUGGUGGUGCUAGAGAAGUUCCUCUCUGUCCAGCCCUUGGAGAUGGAGAGCUGGGUCAGAGAAUGUGGAACGGAGACCAGUUCCCAGGCAGUGGCCCUGGCAGAAGGCUUCCUCCUGAGCCAGGUGGACGACACAGAGCAGGUGCAGAAGAUGUUGGCGAACGAUCCCACAGAUUCCCCUGAGGCAGAGGAGGCUCCAUCGGGCACCACACAGAGGCCGUUGGAUGAGUGGAUCUUGCAGGAGGGUGACGGAGGACCCUCCUCCCUGGGGAAUGAAGAGACCAGCAGAGAGGGUGAACGGACUCCUAGGCCUCUUUUGCUCUGUGGUGUUGUGGAAGCGGUUUCUGUGCAGCCUGGGCAGGGUCUGCUGACCUUUGAGGACAUUUCUGUGCAUUUCUCGGAGGAGGAGUGGGCUCUGCUGGAUCCAGGUCAAAGGACUCUGCACAAGGAAGUCAUGGAGGAUAUACGUGGGAUUCUGGCCCCUCUGGGUAAUCUCAGAGAGAGCAAGAAUAAAGGUCUACCCCAGAGAAGGAGAACUGAAACGGAAGAGAAGAGGGGAAACAAGUCCAUUUCUAUUGAAGGGUCAGACAACCAUGAAAUUCCAUUCGUAGAAGAACCAAGGGAAAGGAAUAUUCACGAUAGGAAGACACAGUGGAAAAGCUCUCCGUAUAUAGAGACGCAGAAGAUACACCUUACCAAACGUCAAAGAUUUCACACAGGGGAGAAGCACUUUCAAUGCUCUGAAUGUGGAAAGGGUUUCACUGAUCGCUGGAAACUGAAAGCACAUCAAAAUAUACAUACAGAGGAGAAGCCCUUUAAAUGCCCUGAAUGUGGAAAGGGUUUCACUCAGAGGUGUAAUCUUAAAGCACAUCAAAUUAUCCACACAGGGCAGAAGCCCUUUAAAUGCUCUGAAUGUGGAAAGGGUUUCACUCAGAGCAGUAGUCUUAAAGCACAUCAAACUAUCCACACAGGUGAAAAGCUCUUUAAAUGCUCUGAAUGUGGAAAGGGUUUCAGGAGGAGCGAUCACCUUAAACGGCAUGAAAGCGUUCACACAGGGGAUAAGCCUUUUCAAUGCUCUGAAUGUGGAAAGGGUUUCACUGAUCGCUGGACCCUGAAAGCACAUCAAAAUAUACAUACAAAGGAGAAGCCCUUUAAAUGCUCUGAAUGUGGAAAGGGUUUCAGCAGUAGCAAUCACCUUAAACGGCAUGAAAGCAUUCACACAAGGGAGAAACCCUUUCAAUGCUCUGAAUGUGGAAAGGGUUUCACUCAGAGGCGUAUUCUUAAAGCACAUCAAAUUAUCCACACUUGUUUAAAGCCCUUUAAAUGCUCAGAGUGUGGAAAGGGUUUCACUCAGAGCUGGUAUCUUAAAGUACAUCAAAAUAUUCACACAGGUGAAAAGCCCUUUAAAUGCCCUGAAUGUGGAAAGGGUUUCACUGAUCGCUGGAGGUUGAAAACACAUCAAUAUAUACAUACAGAGGAGAAGCCCUUUAAAUGCUCUGAAUGUGGAAAGGUCUUCUCCCAACAGGUCUCACUUUACUUGCAUAAAAGAAUUCACACAGGGGAGAAGCCCCAUAAAUGCCCUGAAUGUGGAAAGCGUUUUACUCUGCGCUGCAACCUGAAAGCACAUCAGAGCCUUCACACAGGGCAGAAGCCCUUUAAAUGCUCUGAAUGUGGAAAGGGUUUCACUUUCCGUGUACAACUCAGGAAACAUCAAAUUAUCCACACAGGUGAAAAACCCUUUAAAUGCUCUGAAUGUGGAAAGGGUUUCAGUAGGAGCAAUCAGCUUAAACAGCAUGAAAGCAUUCACACAGGGCAAAAGCACUUUAAAUGCUCUGAGUGUGGAAAGGGUUUCACUGAUCGCUGGAAACUGAAAGCACAUCAAUAUAUACAUACAGAGGAGAAGCCUUUUAAAUGCUCUGAAUGUGGAAAGGGUUUCACUGACUGCAGGAAUCUUAAAGCACAUCAAAGCAUCCACACAGGUGAAAAGCCCUUUAAAUGCUCUGAAUGUGGAAAGGGUUUCACUCAGAAGGGUAGUCUUAAAACACAUAAAAUUAUCCACACUUCUGAAAAGCCCUGUAAAUGCUCUGAAUGUGGAAAGGGUUUUACUCAGAGCAGUAAUCUUAAAAAACAUAAUAUUAUCCACACAGGUGAAAAGCCCUUUAAAUGCUCUGAAUGUGGAAAGAGUUUCACUCAGAGGGGUAGUCUUAAAGCACAUCAAAUUAUCCACACAGGGCAGAAGCCCUUUAAAUGCCCUGAAUGUGGAAAGGGUUUCACUGAUCGCUGGAAACUGAAAGCACAUCAAUAUAUACAUACAGAGGAGAAGCCUUUUAAAUGCUCUGAAUGUGGAAAGGGUUUCACUGACUGCAGGAAUCUUAAAGCACAUCAAAGCAUCCACACAGGUGAAAAGCCCUUUAAAUGCUCUGAAUGUGGAAAGGGUUUCACUCAGAAGGGUAGUCUUAAAACACAUAAAAUUAUCCACACUUGUGAAAAGUCCUUUAAAUGCUCUGAAUGUGGAAAGGGUUUCACUGAGCGCUCGAAACUGAAAGCACAUCAAAGUAUCCACUCAGGGGAGAAGCCCUAUAAAUGUUCUGAAUGUGGAAAGAGUUUCACUCUGAGCAGUAGUCUUAAAGUACAUCAAAUUAUCCACACAGGCGAAAAGCCCUUUAAAUGCUCUGAAUGUGGAAAGGGUUUCACUCAGAGCAGUAGUCUUAAAGCACAUAAAAUUAUUCACACAGGUGAAAAGCCCUUUAAAUGCUCUGAGUGUGGAAACCGUUUCACUUUUCGUGUAAAUCUCAGGAAACAUCAAAUUAUACACACAGGUGAAAAGCCCUUUAAAUGCUCUGAAUGUGGAAAGAGUUUCACUCAGAGGGGUAGUCUUAAAGCACAUCAAAUUAUCCACACAGGGCAGAAGCCCUUUAAAUGCUCUGAGUGUGGAAAGGGUUUCACUGAUCGCUGGAAACUGAAAGCACAUCAAAAUAUACAUACAGAGGAGAAGCCCUUUAAAUGCUCUGAAUGUGGAAAGAGUUUCACUCUGAGCAGUAGUCUUAAAGCACAUAAAAUUAUUCACACAGGCGAAAAGCCCUUUAAAUGCUCUGAGUGUGGAAACGUUUUCAGCAGGAAAGAUCACCUGAAACGGCAUGAAAGCACUCACACUGGGGAGAUGCCCUUUCAAUGCUCUGAAUGUGGAAAGGGUUUCAGCAGUAGCGAUCGCCUUAAACAGCAUGAAAGCAUUCACGCAGGGCAGAAGCCCUUUAAAUGCUCUGAAUGUGGAAAGGGUUUCACUCAGAACAGUAGUCUUAAAGCACAUCAGAUUAUCCACACAGGUGAAAAGCCCUUUAAAUGCUCUUAA